GGCUGUUUUUAAAUUACGAUUAAACGAUCGUAAUUAGUUUACGUAAUUGUCACCUAAAUGUAGUCGUAAAAAUAAAAAAAACAUAAAUGAAAACAAUGAAAAUAAAUCCGGACUAAACGAUAACCUUUAACCUGCCUUCGUUCAUAGAGUUCAGUGGUUGCAAUCAGUAAAGAUGUCUGCGAAGCGGAGAGCUUAACAUUAUGUCUUAGCCAGCUAGCUUUGAAUAGCUAGGUUGCUUAUUUUUGUUUUCAUUUUUAUUUGUAUUUAAUCCUAUUUUUAAAUGGGUUUAGGAGCUCUACCAUGAAACUUCGGGCUCAGUAUGAGAGGAGACAUUCUAGUGAGUCCAGAAGUUUGCUGAUACUAAAAGAAUCACCAACUGUAAUGCAGACCAACUCAAACGAACAUAAUGCUCAGGCAGGCAACGGCUUAUCCCUACCUCUGCAACCGGAGUUACUAACCAGAACACCGGCGACCGGUGGCUCCAGUCCGGCUGAGACUGGGGAGGUCCACGUUCCAAUGAAUGUCGCACCCGGCGAAGGCACCGGACGGCCGGCGUCCCGAAGGCCGAGACCUGGCCCCCACAGUCACUCCCACUCGCACAGCCACGGCCACAACCGGCCCCAUUCACAUAACGAGUCGGAGUCUGAUCCAGGAGAUGGGGAUUCGGAAUCGGGAGAACCCAGCACAUCUAUCUCCGAACUGCGUUACCUCUUUCGAUGGGUUCAAAAAAGUCUUCCUUUCAUUAUAAUCCUUUGUGCCAAACUAGUUCUCCAGCACGCUCUUGGUUUAGCUGUUGGAGUUGGCCUGUUUACAACUUUUCUUUAUGCAAAUAAAAUAAUUCAAAACCAAGUUUUUCUACAGGACCGACGUUCAAAGUUGGAGUGUGUAUGGCUGCUGGCCUUCCUAAUAUGUUCCACACUCCUGCUCUACUACACUUUCAACCAGGAGAAACUGUAUUACUGCUUAAUUUUUGUGAAUCCAAGUGUCGAGUCCCGCGAUUUCUGGGAAGUACUGUGGACUGUGGGCGUGACCAACUUCGUCGUGAAGUUCCUGUUCAUGGGUGUGAAGUGCCUUAUUCUUUUAGUACCAUCCGCCCUCAUGGCUUGCAGUGCAAGGGGUCGCUGGUACAUGCUCACAGAGGAGUUCAGCCAGGUGCACCAGGCCAUUGUGCCCAUGCCAGUGUGGUUCCGCUACCUGGUCACCUACCAAGAGGUGGAUGGCGUUGCUGGUCUGACCCUGGGCAUCCUGCUUGCACUGGUCUACCUCAUACUGAAGCUUCUAGGACUGUAUGGACUUUGGGGGUCUGUCCAGAAAACCGGUGGCAUAUUUUUGAACAGUGAGAACGGUGCGGCAGCCACUAAGAGCCAGUGCAGCGAUGCCGGGGACCUGUGUCCCAUCUGCCAGGUGGAGUUCAGAGACCCGAGGGUCCUCCUGUGUCAGCACGUUUUCUGCGACGAGUGCAUCUCGCUGUGGUUCAACCGGGAGAAGACGUGCCCGCUGUGCCGCACGGUGAUCGCGGACAAGGUCCACGCGUGGAAGGACGGGGCGACUUCCCCUUACCUGCAGAUCUACUGAGGGAACGGGAGAGAAUUAAAAAAAAAAAAAAAAAAAAACCACAAUCAAUGUGUACAUAAAAUCACAAGGGCGUUCUGAAGUGGGAAAGCCGCGUAGCGUAGAGGAAGACUCGGCGCACUUCACCCGGGUUGUCACCGUCACGGUAUGUUUACACCUUCCUCAAAAAGUGACAACUGUACCGAUAGCAAUAUUCCAUUAGCUUCUUUUACGAAGUUUAAUGACUUCCACCUCUGCUAACUCAAGGGCAUUACACACCGGGCCUAUUUAAGCAAGGGUGCAAAUCAAACCUUGCGUCUCAUUUUGUUACCUGUGACAAGACGUUUGAAAAGUUUUUUUUUCUCUCCUCUCAUGUCCUGUGGUGACAGUAAUUUUUAUUUACUUGUUUUUUUUUUGUUUGUUUGUUUGUAUAUAAUUUCUGGAAUUCCACUUGUCAUAGGGUGGGGUACCCUUUCAGUGUAUAAAUAUUGAGCACUUGCUGAAGAUUGCACCAAGUGAAACGUAAAGUGACUUUUGAAUGUAGUAAACUGGGCAAGUGUAUACCUUCUGUGUAGGAGGUGAAAAAACACUCUGGUAUUUGCUUCAUUUGAAGAAUUCAAAAGGUUUUUUUGUAUUAUGACAACGGGCCGAUCAGACAUUUUGUAUUUUGGUCUCUGAGCAGUUGUAUAGGGUAUGGGCUAGCUUGUUCCAAAUGUGACCAGAGAAGAAUCCAGCGUUUUGUAUUUCCUUCAGGUUGGCUAGUUUCACCUCCAAUUCAGAAGUCACUGGACUGGGAGAAAGCUGCAUGGUGCUUUAAGCAGCACUUGGGUUUACUAUGUAUAUAUAACACCAGAAAUCUACACAAGCACCUCAAACUCAAUCAGUGAUAUUAUGAAAAUCAUCGUUGUCUUUUUUUAGAAAUUAUGAAGCCAUGGUGAUUAGGGCUUUGUACGUAUGCAGAAUAUUUUCAGGAUUAAAAUUAUAUUUUCAAAAAUGCCUCCUAUUAAACCAUUCACACAAGUAUGAAUUGUGCAAAAAAAGCGUGUAAGAGUUGAAUGUCACAAUUCUGUUACGAUUUUAUUUUUCUAAAGUAAAAUCCUUUUAAAAACCAAAGAUCGGAAGAUGCAUCUAUUUUAUUAUCAUGUUCCAUUGUGUAGUAAAAUAAAAAUGUAUUAUGUUUCACAUAUUUUUUUUCCUCACAUCAUAAAUAAAAUAUAUUAUACAUG